AUGGGUGGACUAUACUGGUGUUUCCCACUGGAGGAUGCUGGUGAUGCCAGCGAUCAGCUUGUAUGGAAAACUAUGAAACACUGCCCUUUUUCACAGCUGGUAACUCAAGUCGUCACUAAGGCGUCACGACAAGAAUUCCUCAUUGAUGACCAACUCAGCCUGGCAGCAGCAUUCAUCCUCAGUGGGGUGUACAUUGUGGACACAUCCAUUCAAAACCAAGUCGAGCAUGUUUCUUGGUGGCCGAAAGAAGAUACAUGGUACCAGAGCAAGCUGAAUGUUGGGUACUGGUCAGAGGCUUGCGAGUCCUGGUACCAAAACCGCCUCACUGACAUCUGUAAAGGAACAGCCUGGAUGCUGAAUGCGACAGCCUGGAGGGACAUGAUUAAAGGCAAAGGGGCACAUGUCAUGGUGUUCAAGGCCAAGUUCAACCAAUUUGCACAAGAGUUUAUAGAGAAGAAUGGGAAACCAUUAGUUCUGAACAGGGGGUAG